GGCGAAGGCUGACGAUUGGUCUCGUUCUGGAUUUUGAAGAUGCGGAUCAAGUAUAGAGGCAACAUAGCCUACAUGUCCAGAGGAAGCUGGAAUCCAGGAAGUUGAUGGUGAUUGCAUAUUUGAAGUCUGAGGGGAAGCAUCUGUUUCUUACGUCAGAUACUACCAAACCGAAGGAGCGUGAGGACAAAGGGAAACGUGCCUGCUCCCAGCCCAUUUUAUCAGUGCUAACCAUUUGUGCCACGCCAAUACCCUUCCCUUUGUCUGCCAUUCGAGCCACAGUGUCACCUUCCUCUUCCAUGAAUUCAGUGGCGAAUCCUCUGCGCCUUUCGCUUUCAACUUGCUGCCAUGUCAAAGAAGUCUGUGCAGAAUUGGGGUUGUUCGAGAUGGGUUCACGAUGGGGCGAGGCAGACGGACUUGGCGAAGGACUUGAAUCAGUAUUUGUGGAUGUAAAAAAGGCAUUCCGACGUCCUGAUCGGAGUUCGCCUCCUACCGGAGAUGCAGGGCUUGAAGGAGGUAGAGAAGCACGGCUGGCCGGUCGCAGAUGGGUGUCUUUGUGUGUGGGGCUCAAGGAGACAUCGGUCGCAUUACUGUUCAAACUUCCAAUCGCGUCGACCAGGCUCUUCGACGUUGAGGCAUCCCAUCACUGUGUGUACGCGGAUAAGGAUACGGCAGAGGAGCCGAAAGAGGAGCAGAGCUCCUUUGGGAACGAAUGGGACUAAUACUCCCGCUCCUUUGGCCGGUCAUAUUGAUCCGAUUGCUAUUUUCAUUGUCGUAGUUACCGGUAUCUUCGGGCGCAGGUAAACUGUACGAGAAGGACGAAUACGAUGGAACCAUAAAUGACAUUGUGGCCAAGG